AUGCUUCUCCUCCACCAAUCCGGCAGCGUCAAGAUUGGCGAGGUGGUGCGCUACACAGUCACUUACACCCCCUCGGCAGAUCGCAUCCUCCCAUCGCCAGAGUUCCUGUACUUGCGCAUCAAGAAUACUUGUGCCAUUGCUCUUCGCGCAGCCUUCGUUCACGGUCCUUACACACUCUCAGUUGCCGCCUACCCAUCCCAUUUCGAUCCGAACAAGAAGUUUGAAGAGCCUCGUCGCUAUGGCGUCCCCGAGUUCGAACCAAUGCUCAAGGCCGGCGCGACCUGGAACUGCCACUUGGUAGUGCCCGACGAUAUCAGACAGUCUGCCGGUGAAGGAUGCAGUCAACAUGGAUACCUUGGGAAAGGACCAGAGCACGACGGGGAGAGUGUAUCUUGGAUCAUCGAGGUUGCGUCGCAAGUGGUUUUUUCGACUUCGGCGGCUGUGCACUACGAAGUUCUGUUGGCACGAGACGAGAAAUCGUUGAACCUGGGCUCUGUUGUACCCGUAAUAGGAGGUCAGUCACAAGCACCACAGCCAGGGCGGGUCAGCGACUUCCAACAGAGUGCGGGUGCUAUCAAGGACCAUCCGGCGCAACAAAAAGGUGUUUUCUCCAGGGCAGUCCACCUGAAAGUUGAGGAUACAGCAAGUUUGUGGAACACGCCCCAGCUUCCAGGAUGGGACGACAUAGGUUGGCUACGGGCAAGGAGUGAAGGAGGAGCCGAUGCCCCAGUAGAGCCUGUGAUGGCCAGUGGCAAGCCCGAAGACAGGCGCCCCAGACGGUCAUUCAAACAGAGAAAGGUCCAUCUCGUGAUUCUCACACACGGCCUGCACAGCAAUUUGGGCGCCGAUAUGUUGUUUUUGAAGGAAAGCAUAGAUGCUGGAGUCAAAAAGGCCAAAGCGGAUGCCAAAGCCCGAAAAGCCCGAGAGCGGGCAGCCAAGAAGAAAGAAGCAACGCCUGCCGGGGCAGACACCGAAGGAAAUGCUAAUACCGAAAUCUCCGAGUCAGUGGGCGAGGAAAAUAAGGAUGAAGAUGAGGAGGACGAGGACGACGAGGAAGUCGUAGUACGCGGAUUUUCUGGGAAUGCAACAAGGACAGAAAGAGGUAUCAAAUACUUGGGCAAACGGUUGGCAAGACAUAUUUUGUCCAUGACUUAUCCAGACCAGCCCUGUCUCCCAACCGCGAAAGCAGCUUCGGAAGCAAUCGCUGCCACACUCAAGGCAAGCUCUCAGAAAAAGAAUGGCGGCGAAGAGGCCCACAAACACAGUACAAUCCACCAUGCUCCAUCUCCGAGCAAUCGACUCUACAAGUUCACCAAGAUCAGUUUUAUCGGCCAUUCACUCGGUGGUCUUGUACAAACCUACGCUGUUGCUUAUAUUCAGAAACAUUCACCGCAGUUCUUUGACCUGAUCGAACCUAUCAAUUUUAUCGCCAUGGCCACACCCUUCCUCGGGCUGAACCACGAGAAUCCCCUGUACGUCAAAUUCGCUUUGGAUUUUGGUCUUGUUGGAAGGACAGGCCAAGACUUGGGUCUCACUUGGAGAGCUCCAACGAUUGCGAGAAAUGGUUGGGGUGCACUCGUGGGCAAUCUUGGGGAACAAGCACACAAACGAGUGUAUGGCGAACAUCAGCCGGAGUCCAAACCUCUGCUCCGUAUCCUGCCCACCGGGCCAGCACACAAAGCAUUGAAAAAAUUCCGAAACCGAACCGUCUACUCAAACGUGGUAAAUGACGGAAUUGUACCGCUUAGAACUAGCUGCCUCUUGUUUCUCGAUUGGCAGGGCCUGGGACGGGUGGAAAAGGCACGAAGAGAAGUCGGCUUGGUCGAAGCUGUUGUACAAGCCGGGUGGGCAGAAUUAACAGGCGCAAAUGUCACCACUCCACGACUUGCACCAUGGUCACCAGAAAACAACGAAAAAGAAGAGGCCAACGAGACGGGCAAAACCACACCUACAGACACAGAGGAGCUUCUUGAAGUGCCUCAGCCACCGACUAAUGCCAUGUUGGAGGAUGAUCGACAGAGUCUGAGAUCUGCUGUCGUCAGCCCUUUUCAAGAACAACCGGCUUCUGCAGACUUGCAACAGCUGUCAAAUUCGACGACAAACACUUCCAACCCCUUAUCUGGCCUGUUCAGCUUCUUCCGGACCGAAAGCCCCAAGCCCCAACCGCCCCCCUCCCCGAAGAUAAAUAAGAUUUACCAACGAAGUCAGACUCUCAAGGUUGAGAGCGGCUCUACCUCUUUGUUGGUUACCUCUUCGUCCACGUCUAAAGUGACAAGUGGGACUGAGCUUGGAGAUGAUGCGGAGGGCCUGACAGCACCACCAAGAACAUCAAUUUUUGAGUCGGCCGGUGACUUGCUUAACCCAAAAUUACCAACCGUUGAGUAUCUCAUCGAUCCAUCAAAGCGGCACCGAACCAUCUUCCAUGACAGAAUCUACCACCCAUCCGAUAUCCCUCCACCGCCAGUCAAGGACCGGACGUCGACUCUCCAGAUCCGCCGUCGCUCUCUCUCUCGGUCCAGUAGGACGGCCCUGAGCGAGAGCAACUCCCCUCUCGGAUCUCCAGGCAUUCAGCACAAGGACACUGGCCUUUCUCAGCAGUCGGAACAGUCCACCAAAUCGAUGCCAGUAGAUUAUGAAUCUACCGUCAACUCUGCACCCAGCUCGUCCCACGACGAACCAGAUGUGGUCGACUCCUCACAGAUGCGAGUUGAAGAAAAGAUUGCGCGCGCCUACCAUCGCGGUCUGUCCUGGCGAAAGGUUUUGGUGAAACUAGAACCUGACGCGCACAACAACAUUGUGGUUCGCCGCAUGUUCGCCAACGCUUUCGGCUGGCCGGUCAUCCACCAUCUCGUACAGUCUCACUUUAGUGACGAAGCUAUGGCAAGAGUCAGGGACGAGGACGAGCCAGGUGUGGAAAGAGCCAAAGGGCUAGACCAAAGCGCGGAUGAAACAGGCCGGGAAACGAAGGAAACGAUUCGUGGUGGUGACCACCGGGGUAGAAACGUCACGGUGCGCGAAGAGGAUUCAUCUCACGAUGACGACAUCAUCAACGCGGAACGGUACGAUGUCGUUCCUGAACUUGCGCCGAGUCCGAGGUCGCCAAGGUCGUUGAGCAGACAGGGGAGCACCAAUGCUUUGGGUGUCUUUUCCGGCACGAACCCGACAACCCCAACAACGGCGACGCGACCCCCCAUCGAUCGAUACGACUCCAUGUCCUGGAGCGAUAGAGACUGGGCAGACAGCGCAGACGAAAGUGAUGAGAAUGGUGGUGGGGCGAGCUACUGGAGCAGGAUGGCUGCUGGGGCAAAUGUGAAGAAACCCCAGCCUAGCCCUUCUCACACUCACCCUUUCCCAUCCUCCUCUGCUGCCACGACCCCUACCCCGGCGGAUCCAAACCCGGGUGGUGGUGGUAAUGCUGACAAGAAAAGGAGAACAGUCGCUGUUGCCGCGGGAGGGAGUGUAGAACAGCCGGGACCGUUGACGCCGACGGGGUUUAUGAUGAGGAGCGUAAGUCCGUUGAGCUGGAACUGGACCGAGAAGAUUGUGGGGAGGGGGAAGACGGGGAAGAGGAUGAGUAGGAGUUUGAGUCCCGGACGGGGGAAUAGUGUGUUGACGACGCCGACGGCUAGUACGCCGGGACUGGGGUUGUUGAGUAGACCUAGUUUGGCGUUGAGUCAGGAAGGGUAUUUCCCUGGGCAGGAUAGAGGGAUAGUGGGGGAGGGGGAGGGGGAGAGAGGGGGGAAGGAUAAGGAUGUUUGA